AUGUCACAACAUCGAACUACUUAUGCUUCAAAAACUACUAAGCCCACUCAAAAGGUUAGUGCUCAUUCCAUGGACUUUCACGAUGAUGAGAUUCUGGAUGUGGUUCCUCUAUCAGUUAUUCCCUGCGAGGCCCUUGAUUUGAACCAUCCCAUGGAUGCAUCAGCUUCUACAUGCCCCAAUCAAGGUAACAUCUCUAGUAUCCCUUCUAGCUUAACUCAUGCCACUAGUUCUAAGGAAGAUAUACACCACACUGAUUGUGUCAUAAGAAACCUAGUCACUAGAAUCCUUAAUGAAGGAUAUUCAAUGAAGGGAGUCUCUACUCCCCUGUCUAAAAUGUACCCCUCUCCUAAGGUUGAACAACAUAGUGAGAAGAAUGAAGAUUCCUCCAGUUCUGAUAAGGACAUGGCUGCAGAAGGUUUGUGCUCCCUAGGGCAAACUGUGUCUGGUAAAGGAAAAUUUGUGGCAUCUAAAACUACCAAUGCUUCCCAUCCUGAGAAGCAUGAUGUUGAAAACGAUGUGAUUGACCUAGAGGAUGAUAGGUAUGAUGAUCAAGAGGAUAACUUACUUCACCACUUAAAGCCAAGUGUGGCUAAGCGUAUGAAGACUAGAAAAGGAAGAUCUGUGGCUGAACUGAUGUUAGCUAGAACAGCUAAGAAGGCUGCUGGUGUUGGUCCUUCCAAAUCUUGGAGCAAGGUUGAAGUGAAGAAUAGGAAGGUUAGAGAAGUUUCUGAGUCUGAAGAGGAUGUCGAGGAAGACGUCCCUGAUAUCUCUGUUGUGAAGAAGACCUCUGUGAAGAGGUCCCCUGUGAAAGUUGCUGCUGUGCAUUUGGAUAAUAUUUCUUUCCAUCUUGAGGAUGGAGCUUCCAAAUGGAAAUUUGUGAUUCAAAGAAGGGUGGUUGUGGAAAGGGAGUUAGGAAAGGAUGCUGUUGAAGUCAAGGAGGAAUUCAUUGUCAACAUUCUUGAGGAUAUUGCUAAUAAGAACAACAAGGAAUUCUGCAAAGUGUUUGUGAGAGGUAAGUGUAUCACAUUCUCUCCCACUGUCAUUAACAAUUUUCUGGGAAGAAGAGUUGAGGGUGCAAGUGAAUUGGAAGCUACAAACAAUGAGGUCUAUAGAGAAAUUACAGCAAGGCAGGUGAAAUGGUGGCCUAUUAAAAAGCAUCUUCCUGCUGACUAUCAACCAGCCUCAAAAGUUGGAACUAUUACUGAGCUGAAGGAGAAUUGUAAAGAGCUGGGUGAAGGGAUAAGGGUAGCAACAACUAGGAAAGAAUCGUUGGAAGCCAUGAUUGCAAGCUUGGAGCAAGCUGAAGGUGAGAGGUCUGCAAAUAAUGAUGAGACAAGUGGCAAUUCUGUUUCUGAUGCUGAUGAAGCUGCAAGCUCAAGUUCCUCUAAGUAG